GGUAGCAGUGUUUGAGACGCCUUAUGGCCGUAUUUUAGCAGAAUAUAUAUUAGUCGUUUAAAUACUUAUGAUAAUUUAGAAAAAAAGGUAUCAGUAGUUUGAUAAAACCUCAAAAAAGUUACAAAUUUUUCUGAAUUAUUAUCAAUAAUAACCGAUCUUUUGUUAGCACUCCAUCUAAUCCAAUAAUUACUCCGAAUAAUCAACAAUAAUUUCUGCGCAUGGAAUGUACUUUGUGUUACAAAGUUUUAGUGUUCUGAAUAAUUAGUACAUUUGGUCGAUAAAGUAAGAGACUUUAAAAAUUAAAAUCAAUUUUUACACAUAAUUGUGAUGUAACGAAAAUGCCCACUUAGAAAUAGUGCGCGCGCGCGCGCACACUCGCGCACUUCCGUAUGUAACACAUACAUAUGUAGCAAUAUUAAAGUGUUGAAUUUUUUUGCAACGAUUAGUGCAAAACGACUUAAUCAAAAUAAGGACAAUUUUUAAAUAUUACUGUUUAAAAUGAGCGGCGACAUGUUUGAAGGAAAAGAUUAUCCAACGCAAUGGGCAUUGAAUCCUUCCGCAUAUCAAAAUAUGAGUAAUGAUCAAGUUGAUUGGGCUGCAUUAGCUCAACAAUGGAUAAAAAUGAAGGAAACGAUUGUUCCACCUGCUCCACCACCACCAUCCAUCGAUUCCUUGUGUCCAGGAAAUGAUAGUAGCGGUGAAGCACCUAUGGAUAUGGAUACCAAAGAAGAUGAUAUCCCACCAGCACCACCGGCUCCCACAAUUAGUGGUUCUGAUGCUUGGACUCAAUGGAGUCAAUGGGGACAUUGGAAUACUUCUAAUUCUAGUACUGGAACUUGGGAGUGGACUGGUGUUCCACCUCCUGGAGUUAGUAUAGGUCCUGAUGGAAAACCAACAGCGGUACCUACAUUACCAAUCAUUCCACCUGGUCCAACGAUAUCGACUACAGAAUUUAAUGUACCACCUCCAGUAACACCAUCGCUGUAUUCUUACAAUUCUGCACCUCCAUCACAACCUUAUAAUCAACAAGUCAGUAAUUUCUGGUCUGGCGAAUCUUCAACUGCAGUGCCUUCUCAACCAUUACUUUAUAUGAAAGGCAUACGACAUACGAAUAGAAUACCACAUAUGAGACCUAUUGAUGCAGUAAGAUGUAGAAACAAUAGAGAAAAAACACCAGAGGAAGAUACAACUACCACUAUUGAUGCAGCAAAACGUCGUCAAUUGCCAGCAUGGAUUAGGGAAGGAUUAGAAAAGAUGGAAAGGGAAAAGCAAAAGGCAGUGGAACGUGAAAGACAAGAAAUUUUACGAAAACAAGAAAUAGAAGCGCGUAAAAAAGCCGAAGAUGAGGCUCGUUUAGUACUCAAUCCUGCGAAAAGUAAAUUUGAUUCAGAUUCGGAAAAAGAAGCAGAUCAAGAAUUUGAGACAAGUUCGACGGAACAGAAUAUAAGCAAAAAAAAUUACGAACGGACCCCGGAUGUUAUUCUUCGACCGAGAAAAUCGCGUUUUCGAGAUGCUGAUUCACCUGAGCCAAGCAUAGCCGUUGAUAAUAGUCCGCCACCGGUUUCUAGUAAUGUAGCUGUUACUGUUAAACGAUCGCAAGAGGAAAUAUUGCAGGAAGUGAUGUUGAAAGUUCGAAGAUCUCUAACAGAAAUUCUUUUGGAAGUAACAAACGAAGAAAUAGCUGUAGUAUGCAGAGAGGUUUGGAAUCGCGCACGUGCCAAAGCCCCUGCAGGAGAGCACUCAGUCGCAUCCUUCAACAACACGGCCCCUCUUGCUCAGAUCACUCGAAAACUUGGUCUGGGCAUCUAUGGUGACAGUAAUAGCGAAUCCGAGGAAGAGCAGAAUGAACAAGAACAACUCCAAAACAAUGAUAGCGACGAAGAACUUAUGGAAACUUUGAGACGUCGGCAGCAGGCAUUCAAAAAGACAGAGAAGGAGAUAGAAGCACGUCUUGCGGCAGAAGAGGAAAGCGAAGAUCAAUACAAUGCACAACAGGAAAAUCAUAUUGGUAAUACUAGCUGCAGAGAUACAGUUGAUGAGAAAGAAACGGUAAAUAUUCAAAGAGCAGCAUCUGAAAGUUUAUCAAGUGAAGGACAAAGUCAAGGAGAAGUAAAUGUCUCUGCGGAUGUGAUAAAAGCUGAUACACCGUCAGGAUCAGUCAAUUCUGAAUCUAGUAAUUCUGACUCAACAAGCUCUGAUACAAGUCAUGCUUCAACAAAAAAGAAUAAAAAGAUAAGUAAGAAAAGUGAUCGAAGCGAACAAAAGAAACGAAAAACUAAAAGUAGAAGUAAAUCAAGGAGCAAGAAAUCGAGAUCCCGUUCUUCGGAACGUACGCGAAAACGUUCCUCGAGAUCGAGAUCAGUGAAAUCGCGUAAGGGACGACGUUCAAGGUCGAGCAAUUAUAGGUCCAGUAGAAAGCGUAGAUCCAAAUCACGAAAUCGAAAACGAUUGAGAUCAAGAUCUAGAAGCUGCCGAAGAUCAAGGUCAUUGUCUGGAUCAAGAAAAUGGUCCCGAUCGCGUUCUAGUGGAAAAAAGAAGUCUCAUUCGCAUUCCAGAGAAAGAAGAAGUCGAUCUCGUUCAAUAAGGCGUAGCAGAUCGCGUCUAAGGGUGAAAAGAAAGUCAUCAUCAAGAACUAGAGAUAGAUCACGAUCCCGUUCGCGAGAUCGUCACAGAUCGCGAUCUUAUGUUUCUAGAAGUAGAAGGAGAAGUCACUCUAGAUCUAGGGAACGUAGAAGGUCACAAUCAAAAUCGCAUCAAUGGAACACUCGUGAUGGUAAGAAGUCAUCGCAUCGAUUCAGGAAUUGAGCCUGUUCAACUUCAAGCAAAGCAUUUUCCACUGGCUUCCAGUUGGCUUCAAUAUGUCAUUCUGCCUCAGUCCAUCAGUGUAUACUACCAUGGUAGUUCAUUCGUUUAAAAUAUAUCACAUUCAGUCUCUCCCGAACUGUAUAAGAAGGUAUGAUAUAAUAAAAACAUUUUCUUUUCAAAUAAA